AUGUGGGCCUUGGUCGGCGGUGGGCCAUGGGCCCAUGUUAGUAGGCCCAGCUGCGAGGAGAUUCACAUCUGGUACCGUAUCUACCUCCAAUGGAUACGUGCCACGUGGAAAUCACACACCGACCCCUCUUCGUCGUUUUGUGGCUCCUGCUUUCUCAUUCUUUCUCCUUGUGAUUCUGAUUUGAUCACCUUCUCUGUUGGAGCUGUAUCAAGUUCCAAGAACAUGGGAGACAAAGAAACUGGAGAGAAAAGUGAGGCAACAGAUAAUGAGAAUGAACAUCCUCAAAAAAGUGAAGGUGAGUCCGUGAGCAGGCAAGUCAGUGAGACUUCUAUCUAUGCUCCUGAAGAAGAGGAGGAUGAACCAGGAUCCAAAAUCGAAUUGGGUCCUCAAUGCACUCUUAAAGAACACCUUGAGAAAGAUAAGGAUGAUGAGAGUUUAAGGAGAUGGAAGGAACAACUUCUUGGAAGUGUAGAUGUGAACAAUGUUGCAGAAAUUUUGGACCCUGAAGUGAAAAUCACUAGCUUAUCUAUCGUCUCUCCUGAUAGAAAUGACAUUGUUCUUCCCAUUCCUGAAGAUGGGAAUCCAAAGGGUUUAUGGUUCACUCUCAAAGAAGGUAGCCAUUAUCGCUUGAAGUUCACCUUCCAAGUGAACAAUAAUAUCGUGUCUGGCUUAAAAUACACCAAUACUGUUUGGAAGACUGGUGUCAAGGUGGAUAGCUCCAAGGAGAUGCUUGGAACUUUCAGCCCUCAAGCAGAGCCUUACACACAUGAGAUGCCUGAAGAAACCACACCUUCUGGACUAUUUGCAAGAGGAUCAUAUUCUGCAAGAUCAAAGUUUGUUGAUGAUGACAACAAAUGCUACUUGGAGAUCAACUAUACUUUUGAUAUUAGGAAGGACUGGGCUUGA